ACCACCAACUAGAGCAUCAGGCGAACGUGUCCUACUGAGAACAAACACAAAUACAACGCCGUGAGAGUUGAGCUUGAAAAGAAAACGCUAAAGCAAAUGUUAUAUUUUUGUGUCACAGUAUGAACUGAAGAAAGAACAUUAGAACAAGCGCGCGCGCCCGUCCAGGUAAAACGAGUACGUGGUCUUUAAGUUCGAACCGAUGUGGCGACUGCUAGGCGUUAUCGUCCUGAGGAUCGUAAUUAAAGUGUAACAUUAUUACUUUAUUGUAAUUUCAACAAUGGGCUCCAGGCUCAGCCGUCAAAACAGUCUCGACAACGAGAAUUUUUCACGGAGGCGACGGAAGCAUCUAGACAGCACGGGAGAGAACGAGCGGAGCGCGAGCCGCGGCAGCGGAGACUUCUUGUUUACAUCGCUGAUGCUCAAGUCGGAGAAGCUGCCGGGGAUGCUGAGGAGAGCCAACCACAGCCCUUAUGUCAGACGAGUCGCCUGGAUCCGAGAGAUGCAGAAGCUUCUACGGGAGAGGAAGAUAGAAGAGGCGACGGACGUGCUCAAACUGUUGAGGAAGGAUUUGGGAUUAGAGGGUACGUCACUCAAUGACAUCCUCUACAAGAAUGCAUCCUUUUUAAACCUGGUGGACCCAAUAUCUCAUGAGCUCCUGCUGAGCCUGGCUAAAGACAUGCAGUGCCCAAAGAAGGACUCAGAGAUGCUGAAGUCAUCUGAUAAGAUCUGCAGGCAGCUCAUCUACCAUCUAACCCCUCACUCCAAGUGGCUUAGAAAAAGCAUGACCCGGAGAAAGGCCCAGGCCUGUCUUAAAACAACCCUUCAGAAGAAACUCUGCAGUGACUCUGUGGACCUCUCAGGCAUACCUUUGUCAACCCGUGACAUACGGCAUGUGGCGUAUUACCUCCAGACCAGUGGGGGCGCUGUGAUAUCGGUAGAUCUCAGUUUCACUGAGCUCCAGGAUGAGGGCCUACGUCUACUUCUGCCCUUCCUGGGUGCAUUGCCCAAACUCACAACACUGGCUCUCAAUGGAAACCGUCUGACUCUUGGCAUCCUUAAAGAUCUGACUGAAGUCCUCAAAGACACCAAGAGGUUUACUUGUCUCGCCUGGGUUGACCUGGGUAACAACGUGGACAUAUUUACAAUGCCACAGCCCCUUUUGGUGGCCCUAAGGCGGCGUUGUAGCCUGAAGAGCAGUCUGCCAACCAUCUACGAGUACACAGAAGGUCAGCCCUAUUGCUACCGCAUGGAGAGCUCCAUUGAAGAACCCAGCCACUAUGAAGAAGAGGAGGACGAAGAAGACGAGGUGGAGGAGGACCUGGAGCCAUGGAGUAUUGGGGAACAGAAAAGUUCAGGUAGUUUUACCUUGCACCAUUGCGAGAGGUGAAUCGCUUUUGAUUCUACCUAAUAAUGGGAUGAAGAUAAGAAAGAACGAGAGAUCUCUCUGCUCUCUGCACCAUUUCUCCCAGUCAACACCUUUUACCUUCUCCCUCAUCCACUGCAGCUCCAUGAGUUGCCCAUUGUGGCUAUAUGUGAACCAACACCAUCACAUUCCCAACAGCACUUAUGACCAAUGGGAUGACUAACCAUCUGAACACAGCAAACGGUGAAACACGCUGAUUCGAAACUUUUCAAAAGCUUCACCAUCAACUUACUGUGUUGGCAGAUGAUGCUCCUUAACACAAGCUGGCGGUUCAUUGGAGAGGGCCACAGAGAGGUUUGUAGAUGCUUUCUAAUGCCCCUAUUCACUCACGAAGAACCAGUGAUGGACAGGAAAAAUCCCAGUGUUUGUGGAGUUAGUUGACUGGCUGAUGCAUACCAAUGGUGGAUUUGAAGCUCUGAGGACCCAGCUUGUAACUAAGGUAUGGUUAGCUAUUUUUGUGGGGUCUGGUUAGGUUUGGUCGUAUUUGUCAGUGUUGCAUUUCUGAGGCCAUCUCUGCCGCUGCAGAUUGGACCUAUCGCCACUCUGUGUGUGCUCUACUAAUCUCCCAACAAAAGCCAUGAAACCAGCUCAACAGACUAUACAACCGACCCACCGUCACUUGACAAAGGCAAAACUGCUAGGUCAAGACUUUUGCAUUUUCCCCCCUUUCCAAAAUGUUCACUUGUGAAUACCCACACAUCACUUGUCGAGUAAUUGUGAAUGAUGAUACAAAAAGGUAACGCUGUUGAAUUGCCAGUGGCUGGUUUUCUGUUGUCUAAUAAUAGUGAACAAAGCUAUCUUAGAAGACAACAGGUACAUUUGAACAAAAAUGAGAGUUUACAGAAUGAUUAAGCUCAACUUUUUAUGUUAAGUCAUAGUAAACCUUUUAAAUAUACCUCUUAAAUAUGUCUUGCUGUGUCAACAAAAACUGUGCACUGUUGUUUUCAUUAUUCCCCUCUUUAGGAAAAAGGUUAUCAAGCAUUCACUUAGAGAACUCUCUUCAAUAUUAACUUUAAUAGUUCAAUAAAUUCAGAUAUGCUUGUUGAUGAUUUGGCUAAAUUUCCAUAUGUAUGUGUAUUUUAAUAUCUCUGUGCUCAUGCUAGUCUUUAUAAUCUAUGUCUGGUAAACUUAACUAAAACUUAUGAAAUGUUGUCAAAAGUUCUUAACAUCAUCAUUUAAAAAGUAAAUUGGCCUGUAAACCCCUGAAAAUUCAGAAUUUUAGUUGAUCAUAACUGGUUUUCAAUAUUUGGUUCCAUCCUUGCCUGUAACGCAUAAAAUAGUGUUUACACAUAACUGUUUUUUUUAUCUUUAACAUUAACCCUACUAAAGUGAUUUUGCCAGACAAGUCAUUAAUGACAAAAUCAAGAGCUAAACUGUGCAAUUAGUUGUAUUUAUGAUUUUCACACUAAAUGUUGAAAUGUCUUUUAAUGUCAUUUAAUGAUCGCUCCAUGGCCUUCGAUUACCUGAGCACUUUAAUCAGUAUUUUAAUCAGGUGUGUGACCGAAAAGCUUAUUGUAGCAUUACCAUCUUGUGUAACACCAACAUUUUUCAUCAUUUUGAUAUUAAAAUGAGCUAAACAGUUACGGUACUGUCCAGCACUUGUUUGGAGUUAAGGCUCAGAUGAUCGAAUAGUUAAAUGUAAGCAUUAUUUAUGAUAUAUGUAUUCUUUUUAAAUGUGUCAAAUGUAUGUGUACAGUAUUUGUUUAAUGUUAUCUCAAUGUUGUCUCAGUGUUGUUGUUGACUUUAGUAGGCUAUUAUAAUAUAUGUAUUGUAAUAUCCUGCAACAUGUACUGCCAAGUAAGUAUCUCCACAAGGCCUCAAUGAAUAAUAUUCAAAUUAAAUGUAAAAUAACCUCUUGUAUGUUGUGAAACUAAAACUUUGCUGAACAUUUCUGAAUAUUAAAUUAAUUUAGAUUAAUCUAUCAUUUCAAAUUUCAUUUGAGAGGCUAAUUGUAAAAAUAGAAUUAUUUGCAUAGAUAUUUGCAUUUGUUGUUACAGCCCUGUGUCUAGAUCAUUACAGUUACUAGCCUUGCGAUCUGCUUAUACGGGUGUUUAACCUGCAUAAUGAUGUUCUUGUUAUUUAUAUAAAUCAUGAUAAGAUCUCAACACCCAGAAUGCUAACAUUAUACACAGAGGCAAACACUUACACUCAGCUGAAGGUUAUUAUAAGUGGGCAGCUUAUUUUGUCAUGUUGUUUGUGUAAGUUCGUAUGAGUUAUCUCUGUCUGUGUCAUAUACUGUUUCUUAUGAACCUGUGCUUCAAGCAUCAUGUAUUAAACAGUACAUUACAAGACUGUUCAAUGACCCUGUAAUAAAAUUUUAUUGAUAAUCCCUAGGAUGUGGUAAAGUAAUAGUUGCGUGU